AUGGUAGUAACUAAAUUUGUUGUUGCUGGUAGAGAUUACAUGAGAGUAUGGGAGGAGACUCCUAAAAGCUGGAAUUGGAAAUCUUUUAGUAAGACGACAGUGCCCAUUGCGUUGUGUCGCAAUGGUUCAUAUGACGAUAUGAUUGCAAGUGUAAUUGAGACCGGUGAGUUAACUUGCGAGCCAAAUGACUUGGUGAUUAGUUAUCAAAUGAAUGGGAGGGGGGAAAUACAUCUCACAUUCAUAAAAAAUGAUCGGCACGUUAGCUUGUACAUGUUAAAUAUUGGUAUUGAUGGCUCUAGGUCUACAUUGAGGAUAAACAUCAAUGUGAGGCCUCCAAUUGAACCAACAAAUUCAUUUAACGACGACAAUGAUUCUAUUGGAAAUGAAAAAUUGGGUGAUCAUUCAAAUAAGAGCUUUGGUGAUCAUUCAAAUAAGAGUUGGGGAGAACAGGAAUUGAGAUCACAAUCCAACCAUUCCUUCUCCGAUGGAACUAAUUUAUGCCUAAAUCAAACUUUCAGUAACAAUAAUGAGUUGCAAUUGUUAUUAGCCGAAGCAGCGGCAAAGAAAUCUUUUGAUCUUUCUACUUUGAGGAGUUGUACUAAAUAUUUAAAUGUGAAAUGUGUAUCUCACAACUGUGCAUGGAUGUUGCGGGUGAGGAAAUAUAAGUGUUCGGAUAGAUUUCGUAUCUACAAGUACAUUGGCGAGCAUAGUUGUGGCGUUGAACAUGCCAACAGUAGCCAUAGAAAAAUCUCAAUCAAAGUCAUUCCUUCACUUUGUGUAAAUAUGUAUCGCGAUGGCAAGGGUCCAAAUGUUAAAGAUAUUCAAAGGGCUAUGUUUAAUUCUUUUCGUUGUAGUCCAAGCUAUUGGAAAUGUUGGAAGGGAGGUGAGGUUGCCAAGGAAAUGGUCCGAGGGACAGCGGAGAACGGAUAUUCAUGUUUAUCGACUUUUUCCUACAUGUUCGAGACACUUAAUGUUGGUUCUAGCUAUUUUAUCAUGGUAAACAAGGAUAGUCAUAGGUUCACGUAUUAUUUAUUGACCUUUGGUGCUUGCAUUAAGGGAUUUGCCCACAUGAGAAAGGUAAUUGCAGUCGAUGGCACUCAUUUACAUGGUAAAUACGAGGGCGCUUUGUUGAGCGUUGUUGCACAAGAUACGGAAAACCAUGUUUAUCCAAUUGUUUUUUGUGUUGUGGACAAAGAGAAUGAUGCAUCUUGGACAUUCUUCUUUGAGAAAUUGAAGGAGAUUGUGGUCGAUGAACCAGAUUUGUGCUUUAUCUUCGAUAGACACAAGAGCAUCGCCAAUGGUAUUGUGAAUGUUUACAAUCAUGCUCACUACGGAUAUUGUAUGAGGCACCUUGGUGAAAAUCUCCACGUAAAUCAUAAUUAUGGAGAUUAUCUUUAUCUUUACUACAAUGCGGCAAAGGCUUAUUCUUUGGAGGAGUUUGACAAUAAUUUUGUAGAAUUCAAGAAAAAAUUCUCCGUGGUAGCUAUCAUCCUUGAGUAUGAUAUUGGUUUUGAGAAGUGGAGUAGGGCACAUUUUCCUGGCAAUAGAUAUGAUAUGAUGACUAUAAAUAUUGCCGAGUCACUCAAUCCUAUGUUGAUAGACGAAAGGGAGUAUCCCAUGGCAUUAAUAUUUAAUUCGAUUGCUAAGAGGUUUAGAGAAUUGUCCAGGGAGAGGCAUGCAUAUAUCUUCAAAUCAAUGGGUAAUCAAAUGGUGCCUGCUGCCGAAAAACUUGUUGUCACGCCCUGA